GGCUAUUAUCGCGUGUUCGCGGGUGUGUGUGUGGCCGGUAGCAGAGUGGAUAGUGUAGCAGAAUGUCAAGAAAACUUUUCACUUCGCUGCUUCUUCUCGUUAUCUUCUGCUAUGAAUCCGUUGAGGCACAGAAGAAAAGAGAGACUCUGCUGUCAGAGAAGGUCACGCAGAUGAUGGAGUGGGCUUCCAAGCGAUCAGUCAUUAAAAUGAAUGGAGAUAAGUUUCGUCGUUUUGUCAAGGCUCCACCUAGAAACUACUCAGUGGUCAUCAUGUUUACUGCGCUGCAGCCACAGAGACAGUGUGGGGUCUGCAGGCAAGCUGAUGAGGAGUUCCAGGUGCUGGCUAACUCUUGGCGUUAUUCUUCAGCAUUUACUAAUAAAGUCUUUUUUGCGUCUGUCGAUUUUGAUGAAGGAUCAGAUGUCUUUCAGAUGCUGAAUAUGAAUUCUGCCCCAACAUUCCUCCACUUCCCAUCCAAAGGGAAACCUCGCAGGUCUGAUACAUAUGAGCUGCAGGUCCGAGGCUUUGCAGCUGAGCAGCUUGCUAGAUGGGUGGCAGACAGAACUGAUGUACAGAUCCGUGUCAUUCGUCCUCCCAACUAUGCAGGGCCUCUCUUGCUGGGAUUCCUUCUGGCUGUGAUUGGUGGACUUGCAUAUCUACGAAGACACAAUUUAGAGUUUCUCUUUAACAAAAGUGUCUGGGCCUUCUCUGCACUGUGCUUUGUCUUGAUCAUGACUUCAGGCCAGAUGUGGAACCACAUCAGAGGACCACCUUAUGCUCACAAGAACCCCAGCACAGGACAAGUUAGUUAUAUCCACGGCAGCAGUCAGGCACAGUUUGUGGCUGAGACACACAUCGUCCUCCUCUUCAAUGCUGCUGUUACCAUGGGGAUAGUCCUACUAUGUGAGGCUGCUACUUCAGACAUGGAUAUUGGAAAGAGAAAGAUUAUGUGUGUUGCAGGUAUUGGUCUAGUUAUGCUGUUCUUCAGUUGGUUGCUGUCCAUUUUCAGAGCCAAGUACCAUGGAUAUCCAUACAGCUUCCUGAUGAGUUAGGGCUGAUAAACAUCCUCCUGAUUCAAAGCAAGUAUGAAUUGGAGGACAGGAAGGGCUGUCAGAAAGCUGGGAGUUGUCCACGGCAUCAUUGCUGAAUAGCUGUUUGCUAAGCCGUGAUUCGUCGUCUUAUCGGUUACAUAAAAGCCAACACACACUGUACGUUUACAAUUUUUUUUUUAAUCACCAACAGGACUCUCUUCACUUCUGUGCAGUAUAAACAUUAUGUACCAACAGUUGUCUUCUUGAUCAGAAUUUUCACCAGAUUGCUUGAUUUUGAUUUAUUUUGAACGUAGUGGACAAAAAUCCCAGUGAGCCUUUGUCUCUGGUUCCAGACCGAGGCUCAGCCUGAUAAGGUGUUGUCAGUCUUCUCAUCACUAAGGAAAUAUAUGAAAUUUUCCCUUGAUUUAAAAAAAAAAAAAAAAAAAUUUUCAUCCGUGGUUCCCUAAGUGUGGGCUGCGGCCCCCUGGUGGGCUGCGGAGGUACUGCAGGAAGGCUGCAGUAAUAACAGAAAUUCAGUUUUAAAUGACUCACAAGUAUGCAGUUAUAUAUUUAUAUAAAUGUAUUUAUUUAAAUAAAAAGUGAAUUAAAGCUGGUAAUAGGAGGUGGUUAGUUUGCGGUAUUGCUCAUUAGUUUAACCUGAGUUUACUGCUUUUUAUUGAAGUUUUUUUAGGAUUUUCUGUUCCUUCAGUGGGCUGCAGCACUCGACUUUGAGAACCACUGAUCUACUGUAUUAUAUAAACAUUUUUUAAAGGGAUGAUAAAUUUGGAAUUCAGUUGGAAGUAAUGUUCUCUAGAAAACAGAGUCUUGGGAUCUGGUAGUUGUACUCUGUGUGGUAAUUGGGCAAACAAUAUUUCAGUGGAAACGUUGUAACAGUUUAGACCGUACAUGGAGCUGUUGGUAGCCUUACACUUGUCUUUUUUACGUACAAAUACUUCCCUGCUUAGUAAUGCUUUCCUUGAUUGUUCCUGAGUUUCUACUGUUGGUAUUUGCAGCUCUGGUUGUUUAUCUUCCACUAAGGCUAAUAGGAAGUGAAAUAUCUGGAUCGGUUUAUCUGUGCCCACUUCCAGAAAGCAGGUUUAACAAACACCGUGGCUAACCAUAAAUUCUUAGUUGACUAUCUCUGAGCUGGGAAAAAAAUUCUAGAAAGGCUUAUCAGAGAUCAGCUCUUAGUUAGUAUAUUCAUCCUGACUUUAGUACAUGUGAAUAGCGAAAAAAACCUUCAACAAGUAAAUAAAUAAAUAAUAAAUCCCGUGGACUGUGGAAUGUGUGUCAACCAUAAAGGUAUGACAUUAUUUGUUUUUAUUGUGUGACGUAUAAAAAAAACUGGGGAGGAACAGUAAUUUUAAGAAAUUACUCAGCUAUAACUACAUAUUAUUGAUACAUGUGAUAUUAUUUAGACCCAGUAAGACUCGUUCAGAGGAAAUAAUACUGAGACGGAGCUUUCAGAUGUUGUACCUUUCAAAAUGUUGCUCAACAACAUUUAAUGACUGUAUUUCAACUUGUGAAAAUAUCUCAACAUGAAAUGCUCUCAGAAUAUUAUCACAAGCUCCUGCUUUAAAAAUUUAAUGUUCUUUCAGCCUCAUCUUUGCUCAAAUAUUGACAACAAGAUGCCCACUGACAUUUUUUUUUAUCAACAACAUGACGAAUGACUGAUCACUCAGAUCUAACAUUUAAAUUUAAAUGUGAUAUUUAGAUUUAACAUGUAGACUUUGAUGGAAUAUUGCUGACAAUGUGACUUGAUAAACUUCACAGCACAUUGUUUAAAUAGUUUGUAGCUGAAUGUGGGGAAAUUUUGCAGAUAAUUUUGCAUGCUUCAAUCAUGCCAAUUAAUUUGACUUAAACAGUGAUUAUAACAACAUUGGGUAAAGGUUUCAUUGCAGGGGAACUGACUGACGAUGUGCCUUCAGAUUUUAUUUUGAGCUGUUACUAGAUCCACAAUGUCCAGUGAUUGCCUUGAAUGCCUUUGUAUUAAUAACUGAGUGGUUAUAAAACUGCUCAUGUUACAGCAAAUGUGUAACUGGGAUUUCCUGUUUGUAAAGAACAAACGUGAGCAUGUUUAUUGCGCUCCAGUAUGUGUUCUGAUAUGGACCUAAUGAAUGAGGAAAUGAAGGAGAGUGGAUCAGGUGCAGCAGGAGGAGAAGAGUCAGAGAAAACCUGCUGUAGUGAGGUACACACGGUCUGUUGACCGUUAAAUUAAUUUUCUUUUUGGAACAGAAAACUCAAGAGUUUCUCUCAUGUGGAGGGAACCCAGAGCUUUCCCUAAAUGUGCUUUUUGGGACAGGGCCCUGAUCCAUGAUUUUAAGCCAUAUGAUUUAUAAAAUAAAGUUAUUGGCGUGUUAUUACAUGGUCCUUUAAAUUCCCAUAAUCAGGCGGUCCUUGGUGACUCAAUAUCACUGUCUCUCCCCAUUCAUUUUCAAAUGAAAAACAGCAAAUUGUAUGAAAAUAUGUUGAAUGAAAGAAAGUGGUGUUUAUAAUAAUCUUUGCUGUUAAGAGUUGAUGGAACAGAUCAUACUUCCUGAAAGUGGCAAGGUAACAUUCAAAUAUGUUCAUAUGUGUGUAUACAUGAUUACUGGUAAAAUACAAACUCAGCGAAGGGUGCAUUUUGUGUGUUAAGUUUUAAUUGCCUGCCUUAUCAACUUGGACAAAGAGAAUAUUUGUUCAGAUGUGAUUGUUGCUGAAAUUAAAGUGCCUUAACUGUC